AUGAAGAAAAAUAAGUUGAAUGUGGACGAUGUUUUAAAGGAAGUCGGUGAUCUGGGCACCUUCCAGAUAAGAAAUUUUGUUUAUAUAUUAUUUGCUAUUAUAUUUUGUGCCUUCUACAACACCCUGUAUUUAUUCACAGCGUCGGCCACUAUAGCUAGGUGUCGGGUCCCAGAAUGUGAGUCUGAUCCUCCUAUUUUCGACACGAAGCAUUGGGGGGCGUGGGCCCUUCCUGAUGGUAAAGAGCGAUGCGAGAGAUUCCUACCUAUAGGAAACACAUGCGCCGCAGGAUCAUUCCACCCCACGGAGACAAAGAGAUGCUCUAGCUGGAUCUAUGAAAAUCAUGAUAGUAUUGUCUCGACGUUUGAUCUUGCCUGCCAGGAAUGGAAGCGAACCCUUGUGGGUACUGUUCACAGUGCCGGAUUGUUCAUAGCCCUUCCCCUCACCGCUUUUGUAUCAGACAAUUUCGGACGUCGUAUAGCUUUUAUCGCGACAGCAGUGGCUCCUGCUGUUGUGGGUUUAGGACGAUCCUUCACUCAAGACUACGUGUCUUAUGUGGCUCUUGAAUUCUUGGAUGCUGUCGUGGGAGCCGGAGUAUACAGUUCAGGAUUUAUUCUUGCUCUAGAAAUGAUGGGUCUUCAUCGACGUGUUCUUGGAGGAAACAUAAUUUCAUGCACUUUUGCGAUCGGACAAGCUUUAGUCGCUUUAAUAGCCUGGGCCAUACCUGAAUGGAGAACUCUCACGAGAGUUUUAUACGCGCCCUCUUUACUCUUCAUAUUUUAUAUAUUUUUAAUAGAAGAAAGCGUUAGAUGGCUUCUGAGCAAGGGAAAGAAGAAGGAGGCUGCAAGAAUAAUCUUUAAAGUGGCCGCUACCAAUAAAAGAAAACUGUCACCAGAGACUAUUAAGGAAUUGACAGAGGAGUCGGUUAGACCGGAGGAAGAGAAACCAUCGUUAGGAGAAAUUAAUGAUCAACCGUCUCUCGCGCUACAGGUGCUCAAGUCAAGAGUGAUCAUGAUUAGAUUAUGCGUCUGUUCCUUCUGGUGGAUAACUGUGACGUUCAUUUAUUAUGGCCUAUCAAUAAAUUCAGUGUCAUUGGCCGGGAACAGCUAUGUUAAUUAUAUUUUAACAGCUCUGGUGGAAAUCCCCGGCUAUUGCAUCAGUGUGUUAACUCUAGACAGAUUCGGUAGAAAGAGUUCUAUUAUGACGGCGUUCUUUAUUUGUGGAAUCUCUUUAGUAUGUUUGCCGUUCAUCCCAGGACAUUUUUUCGUAAUAACGCUAACAAUGUUGGGGAAGCUGUCUAUAAGCAUGGUGUUUGCUUCUAUCUACAUUUAUACCAUUGAGCUGUUUCCAACCACGGCACGUCAUUCCAUGAUGAGUGUUUGUUCCAUGUUGGGAAGAAUUGGUUCAACAACAUCACCCAUGACGCCCUUGUUGAUGGCCUACAUGGAAUCACUACCGUACUUGGUAUUUGGAGCGAUGGCGGGCAUCGCUGGGCUCUUGAUGCUACUCACACCAGAAACAUUGAACCUAAGACUACCAGACACAGUGAAGCAAGCUGAGAAUAUAGCGACAGCACCACGAACAAGACAUGCCACUGAUAUAAUUGUUGAUUAA